CUUGUAUCAUGGGCCAUCUGUGAGCGGAGCUAUCAGCGUCAGCUGUUCGCGUCUUCUACUAAAUGACAUAACGAUAUGGCGUAAAUAUAGAUUUUAUAAGUUUAUUUUGUCUAAAAUAUAUACAAAAUAAAAAAAUGUCUUAUUGUUGCAUUUGCAAAUCGCAUUCUGGCUCUCAUGAAGAUAUUACAUUUCAUAAAAAUAUGUUUUUCAAGCAUACCACGGUCACAAGAAUUCAAAGAAAAAUGGAUUGCUGUGAUCGGAAGAAAUGUUUCUAAACACAGCAAAGUGUGCAGUGAUCAUUUUGAACCACAUUUUUUUCACUAUAAAAUCAAUAAACAUGGUAACAUUCAAAGACAUUUAAUAAUAGGGGCAAUUCCUACAGUAGAAAAAUGCCACGAUUUAGACGAUCCAAGUGAAUUGAUCAACGAAGUUUCGUCAACAAAUGAAAACUCUUCAGACUCUUGUGAAUCAGAAUCAGAACUAGUAAAUAUCUCCAAUAAUAAAAAUCCAGCAGUCCAAUACUGCAAAGUAAUUAAAGAUGUUUUAUUUCCUGAGCCUCUAUUUAAUGCGGACAAUAGUGAGAACAAUUCAAUAUCAACAAGGGAAUUGGUCAACGAAGUUUUGCCAACAAAUGAAAAGUCAGACUCUUGUGAAUCACAAUCAGUAAAUAUCUCCAAUAAUGAAAAUUCAGCAGUCCAACACUGCAGAAUUACUAAAGAUGUUUCAUCUCCUGGUCCUCUAUAUGAUGCAGACAAUAGUCAGGACAAACAUUUAAUGUCAACAAAAAAAAGAAAACGACCUGCAGACAAAGCUGCCACAUGCAAUAAGGUACGAACUGUCAAAUUUCUUGGAGAUUUUUGCCCUGAAGAUUUUACUUCGCCCGAAUGCUAUAAUGUAGUUAGGAAAUAUCUAAAAAAACACAAUACUCGAAUAAAUAGUCUCCAAAAGCAAGUUAAGCGACUAACAAAGAGAGUCGAAAACUAUAAAGAUUUGCUGUCACAGUUACGUAACAAGGAUCUUCUGUCAAAUAAUGCUAUCGAUGAUCCAGAAUAAGGUAGAGUAGGUUUAUGAUAUCUUGAUUGACCUAGUAGCUUUUCUUUAAACUUAAAGGUUUCAUGAAUGUUU